AUGGCGGAGACGCCAGAGACAGAACCUCUGCUCCCUAAACCUCACCAUAAUCUGCUUGGUCUGACUGCCUGGCGAUUUCGAAUUGUCUGCGUAUCAGUGUGGAGCUUGACAUUUUUCGUCUCACUCGAUAGUACGCUCGUUGCGACACUGCUCACGCCUAUCGGAUCUUUCUUUCAAGUCUCAAAUCAAGCUCAAUGGAUCGGCACAUCCUAUCUCUUAUCAUUGUGUUGCUUUACGCCAAUCUAUGGUAGAUUGUCCGAUCUACUAGGACGCAAGACCGCCUUGUGUAUCGGCUUGACACUAUUCGUCCUUGGAACUGCAGGAUGUGGCCUGGCUCCAUCUAUGGCUUGGCUGAUUGUCGCUCGAGUUGUCGCCGGUAUGGGUGGCGGAGGACUCCAGAGCGUAUCUGUCAUCGUGGUGACGGACCUCGUGGGACUGCGACGGAGAGGUCUAUUCCAAGGAUAUGGAAACAUCUUUUUCGCUACUGGCGCAGCUGUAGGAGCACCAGCAGGAGGCAUUAUCAACGACAAACUUGGUUGGCGAUGGGCUUUCUACCUCCAAUUACCAUUUCUGGCCAUUGCGGCCAUCAUGCUGGUCACUCAAUUCAAAGUUCCAAGACCGCCAACAUCUUCAAAUGACAAGGGCAAUCCGCUCAAGCGACUGGAUUGGUUGGGCAGCUUGACGCUGGUCUCUGCAGUCGGGACGCUUCUCAUUGGUAUUUCUCUUAAAACGUCAUCCUCCAAAUCCGACGGCACAAAUUUUGCAUGGAGCGACCCGAAAAUCUACGGUCUGUUGAUCGCCGCUGCGGUCCUCAUCGUCUCAUUCGUGUUGGUCGAAGGGUUCUGGGCUGUCGAGCCUUUACUCCCUCUAUCUUUCCUGACGCGACGCACUCCCGCUGCGGUUUGUCUUUCCAGCUUGGUCAUGGUGACCAAUAUGUUUUCCAUCAUGUUUAAUAUACCUCUUUACUGCUCGACCGUCCUCCUCGCCUCGGCUUCUCAAGCUGGAGCUCACCUCACACCCUACACCCUUCUGCUCGGUCUUGGCAGUCUGGAAGUCGGUUGGGUUAUGCGUCGUACAGGGAAAUAUUGGUGGCUCAGUAUAUUUCAUGCUUUACUGCUCGUCCUCACAGGCGUAUUGAUGUUCACAUGGUCGACCAAGAGUCCAGGUUGGAUGUUUUGGGUGGCUCAGAUGCCAUCUGCCUUUGGUUACGGGGCCAUCCUGACUACCUCACUCGUUGCUCUCAUGACCGACGUCGUGAGGCAAGGAAAAGGCGAAACGGCAGUGGCGACGAGUAUGACCUACAUGUUCAGAAUGGUCGGUCAGGUGUUCGGCGUGUCAUUAAGUCAAGCCAUCAUUCAGGCGAUCGUGGCCAAAGAUCUGACAAAUAGUAUCCAGGGGCCGAGAAAACAGGAGAUCAUUCAGCUGAUCAGACACUCCGCAUCGUCCAUCCGUGAUCUCGAGCCAGUGUACCGAGACGCAGCAGUGGCCGCGUACCAGCAUGCCUUGCACACUGUCUUCAUCUGCAAUCUCGUCCUCACCAUCGUCAAUACUUGUAUCCUAACCGCCGUCAAGGAGGAGGAGAUGCCAGAGCAGCGAGCCUCAGAGGCGGCAGACUAG